UUAUUAUUAUCUUUUGUAAAAUUUAAGAGGGUUGUUUGCAUGCCGUGAGUGCGUUUGUAUUUGUGUUAAACCGUAGAUAUGUAUAUAUAAUUUGAUGUACACUUAGUAGGGGUCUAUUUGCUGAAGCAGCAGUUUGCAUCACGUGCACGAAGCAUUUAGAUUAGAUUAUCAUGACCAGAGUCAAAAUAAAAUGUCUGAAAAUCUAAUAAUACGAGGAAUAAUUAAAUGGUUACAGAAUGGAAACUUCGUAAGCCUAAAAGUGAAGCGUGUUUUAGUGUACGCAAUAUAUUACAAAUAGUUCUUAAUAUGCAACGUGUGUAAUUUGUUUGCAAAUUGAGUUAUUUAUAGUGCAUAAAAAUGUGAAUAUGUAAUGUACAUAUAUAUAUUAAUGCAAACAGAGUACGAGAAAAAUAAAGUACACGAUUAGUUUAUCCUAAAAAUAUGCUGUAUGAAAUAUGCACACAUUUGAGGACAAAAUAAAUUGUUAGCAUGAAAGUCGGCAAUGGAGCAAUGGGGCGACCUUGUGCCAUUGCAACUAAUAGCCGGAAUUCGAAAAGUGGAAUAACGGAGUUAAAAACGUUAACUAUGUUUUUCACAAUUAAAAAUAUUAAUUUCGCAAGUGAAUCGAAGCAGAAUGUAACUUUUGGUUUCUCAAAUGCGUUUUAAAGAGAGACAAUUAUAAACGGACAAACACAAACCAUAAUUACCUAAAUGAAUUUAAUUUAACGUCAUCACAAUGUACCUAUAUACUGCACUGGCCGAAAAAACGAUACUAUAUCUCAAAUUAUUGUUAAAUAUAUCUACUUUGAGAAGGGUGAAAUCAACAAUUCGAACAAUAAAAAUUAGAAGACGUACAAUUGCUCUGACUACUAAAAGAAAAUUAAAAGUCAAAUCCCAAAAGCAUAGUACCGUUGCUUAUUCUAAUGUAAAUUUGUACGCAAUAAGACUUCAACUAUCUCCUUCCUUAGAAUGUCAGAAUGAAACCCAAACAGAUUUAACUGUUAAACAUGGAUAUAUGAUAAGAAUAAAUAAAUCGUUAUAACCUUAUAAUCAUUUGUUAAAAAUUAUUACCACAUAAGAAAAUAAACUAAUCCAACAAUCAAUUAUUGCAGCGCUAAACACUGAGUGUUGGAACGUACGCUAAAUUACAUCCAAACUAAGCGGAAUAUACCAACCGUGAAGAUAGUAUGAAUAUCUACGGAAAUUAAAAUUAUAUUUGUAAUUAAAAACUGAAGAAGUCAAUCUUUAAUACGUAAAUUUAUGUAUUUAUUUACAUAAUUAUACAAUAUGAAUUAUUAGCCGUAAUUAAAGUACAUACAUAUGAUAACUGAAUUAAGCGUCAAGAGAAAGGCUUAAAUAUGACGUCUCAUUCGCAAAGCAACUACUACUACAACAAUGAAAACGAUGCCUUAUCCUGCAAUAGCCGACCAAUCAAUAGCACUUUACCUAGAGAAAGUAUUAAUGAACAAUAUAAAAACAACGUUGAUGUAAAUAAUUACAGUAAUACAAAUAAUUCCGGCAUCACCAACGGCUCGAGAGAAUCAAUGGACAUUAUAAUGCAGCGGAUGUCUUACGAAUCUGGUAAUGACAUAUACGUGGAAAAUAAUAGAGAUGUAUCAUUAAAAAAGGGUGCCACUACAUCAAGUAAGUCAUUAACAUCUAUAAAUCUGCAAGAAGACUAUAGUAAUGGGAGCAUCAUCAAUGACAACCUAAACGAUCAAAAUCACGUAUACAAUAGUUACGCUAACGAUAGCUAUAAGAACGAAGACAUCGUUUAUAGUACACCAAGCUAUUACAAUAUUCCCAUUAGUGCUGAUAAUAAAGUGGGAUUUAAUCACGACACCAAUGAAUACAGUGCCGGGUAUAGCAGUUGGGAGAAUACUCUACAUAACGACGAUCACCUCAGCGGACGACAUAAGUCUAGUACGAAAGUAUUACCACGCAUACCAAUGAAACAAAGCGGCGGGUUACUGGAUGGUUUGAAUGAGUAUGAUGACAAGAAAAUGACAGCGCAAUGUUACGAUGCGAACAUUCCUUUAACGACAUCAUCUAUAGUACCGUUAGGAACAAUAGAGACGGUACUAAUGUCGCCCAAUGUACGAGCGAAUGAGAGCCACACUAAAUUUACUUGUUCUACUUCGGAUACCACUGUUUCUAAAAAUAUUGGUAUUAAAGAGGGUGUUAAUGGUGCAAAUAGUGGCCCGGCGUCAUUGCGUUUAUUGCCAAAGCUUCAUCUUAACCAGGAAUAUGGAAAUGUACAUCAUGAGAAAAUUGGAAACGGUCAUAAUAUUGGGACAAUGAUGUCUUCAACAGAAAUCACACCGCCGACUUCAACUAUUUUCUGCGAGGAUACUUCCGACGGUAGGACAAUAAUAAGAAACUAUGGAUAUAUUUAUGGCAAUACGUAUGAUAAUAGCAGGAACACCUCUAGAGUUUCAAUAUGUAAUGAAACUUUAUUGCAACGGAAAUAUGCAUCGAUGACACCACAAUGCUAUAUGGAAUACGAUGAUUCCAGUCCAUCAUACAAUAAUGCGUAUAGCAACAGUAAUAUAACCGAUAAUUUAUCAACGCGCUGCGACUUAGCAACAUAUUCAGCUGAAACAGCACAAAAGUUACACCUACAGCAACAACGCAAAUAUGCAAUUAUGAUGGCAAUGACUACGGCGUCUGUGAUAGCGUCCGGCGAAACACGUGUGCCGGUGAAACGCUCCACUGAAUAUGAUGUGACGACUCAUAGUGAAAAUGCGAUAGUAGCACAAACUGAUUCUGUAGCAUUAAAAGCUCAAGCUUUUGGGGGCUAUGAUUUUUGUAGUAAUGAAACGAUUAUAUCGUCGUCGCCGUUGUGGGUGCAAACGAAUGAAGAUGUAAACAGAAGAAAUGGCCAAAUGGUAACAAAUUCCGCCAUGGUGAAUGCAAUAACAACGUCGGCAGGAAGUAAUGUUCUACGUCAUACGAGUUCGACAGUUGCAACCCAUUUGACAAUGGAAACACCAUCAACACUCCCACUAACGACUUCAUCUAGAAAAUUGCCAAAACGUCUACCCACGCCAAAAAUUAAAAGGAAUAAUAAAAAUAGCAACUGCCAUGACAAAGUAAAUGGUUCCAACAAGAAACUACCACAAUUGCCAAUUGAAAAAGAAACACUCACUGCUGAAAACGUGAAUGCGGGGGAAUUAUCAGCAACAAAAAGUAUAAUAGAAACAUCGCAAAAGAAAUCAGCUAAUGUAAUUGCAAUAACGAGUAUAUUUCCUUCAGUAAUGGCAGACACAUUUAGUGCAUCCAAAUCAGUAACAUGCGUAGAAUCAUUAACAACAUCAAUAGCAUCAGCAUCGUAUUCAACAUCACAUCUACCAUAUAAGUCGAAUGUGACAGCAACUAGCAAUGCAUGCGUAGUUACUGAUUUUACUACAACAAUAAAGAGUAAAGAACAUUUAACAACAAUAAUGUUGCCAACUUCAACAAAAGAUAGAGAAGUUAUUGCGCAAAGCAAAAUAAACAGUUACAUUAGUAUUUAUAAUAACAAUAAAACCUUUGGUAAAUAUGAUAUUGAGAAGGAAAACAGCAUCAACUACAACAAUAAUAAUAGUGCUAUCAUAUUACCAACAUCAACUGAAUGUAAAUUAUCAGUAACAACAACAAUGCCAACGAACACAAUAUCCUCGCUUUCAGGCGAAUAUCCUUUUUAUCUCGAUCAACAGCCAAGCUAUUAUAUAAAUAUGAGCACUAGCAGCGAAAAAAUUGAUGAUAGCAUUGCGGUUAAAUAUUCUAGUGUAUAUGCUACCGUAUAUGAUAAUUUUUUACAGACAACUUCAUCCAAUUCGCCACUAUCAUCGCCUUCAAUAAAAAUUCCACUAAAAACGUGUAGUAAAUUAAUUAAACCAACAUUGUUAGAGAACAUGGAUGCUAUUAAAAGCACAACAGGCCAACCCGCAAGUGAUAUUUCAUCAAAAAAUGUAACGACAUUAACCACGUCAUUAUCAACACCGACAACAAAUAAAACAGUUAUGUUUUCUGCAUAUACUAGUGAGAAAAGUAAUAAUAUUUUAUGUAAUGUUAAACCUAAUAAUAACUUAAGUACUAGUACUGACAUAGGACUCAAAAAUACUCUAGCUAUGAGUACCGAAGGAAAUUCAUUUGCGGCCAUCGGUACUUGUAAUCUAAAUACUAAGGGUAUAUUUGAUACAACAAUGUCUAAAAUUUAUGAUGAAUAUCUUAAAAAUGCUGGUGAAAGUUAUUUAAUAUCCACUGCAACAACUUUAUCAACGUUAACAACAACAAUAGCAACAGAUACCUCGUUAUCAGAUACGAGUUGUACACCAUCAAGUACGAGCAUAGUAGUUGCAAAAACGUGUGACACACUCGAGUCACAGCCUUUCACAUUAAAUACACUAGAUAAAAUAUCGGUAACACCAACGACAGCAACUUUUCUUUUAACUUCAUCUUCAUUUGAUGUCCGAAAUGCCUCGAAUCUGAAACCGUUAUUACCACCAACCGAUACAACAACGCCAUUUAUUGGACAUGAUGUGGCGCAGUCUGAAAAUGAUCAAAAUGAUUCUCAAAGCAAAAUCACAACCACACUAUCAGCAGUAACAACAUUGCCCAAUAAUAAUGGUGGGCCAUUGCUCACAACAACUGUUGCAUUAGCGAAUAUGGCGAUAACGACAACAAUUAACAACACGGUUAGUAUCGCUGAAACGAUUACAUCAACAACAUAUACGGAUUAUUUGGCAAAAUAUCAACUGCCAACAGUAUCAAUGAUUGAUAGGAACGGUGGAAGCAAUAAAAAUGUCGUCGCUCCUGAAUUACCAUCAUACAUCAAAGAGUUUUUAAUCAGUGAUACAACAAAUCUAAAUAUAAGUGACAACUUCAGCAGUAAAUAUGAUGCUAUGUGUCAUACAUUUGAUAAGAAUGCAUAUACAUUGUCUACAACAGAUGUACACACUUUACCAAAUACUAAUUUUACUCCUUUAAGCAAGGCUAGCGUCGAAAACGCUAUGACUACCCCUUCAGAGACUGAAGUAAGCAAGUACGCAGCCACUCCAACGACCAUGUCGGUAUCAGUAACGGUACCGUCACUCUCUUCGGCAUUUGAUGACAGUUUUUACGAUAAUUAUAAUGUUGAUUGGUCAACAUUGGCAGCUCUUACUACUAUUGACAAAAAUAAUAUCGAAAUAUUAAAAAAUCCAGACUUAUCAUCAGCUGACAUAUUGGUUUAUAAGGAUGAUACCACUACAACCGCAUCUGGAGUUAGUAUAAUCGGGGUUUCACAAGGCAGUUAUUAUCGCCCAUCUGUACUAACAAAUGCAUAUGCAUCUACAAAAGAAAGUCCAACCUCAGCGACAACAACUUUAACAACCUUAUCACCUUCUGCACUUAGUGUUGCUGGUAAGGCUACUAGUAUGUUUGGUGGUAUUUCUAAAGGUUUCAAAGGCGGGCUCGACGGUGUGCUCAGCAGUGUAAAUACUGCAACGGCCACAUGCGAUUCGGAUUCAAAACAACAACAGCCGAAAAAGAGUGGAUUCGGGUUUGGUUUGGCCUCGAAAUUCGUUCCAAAUGUAGGUGGAUUGUUUGCUGGCACCACGACUCUGGUGCAGCAGACAAGCGUAGUUGGACAAUCAUCAAAUAUAAGUUUCAAUAUGACUAGUACAAUUCCAACAAUAACUACAACAACCACAACAUUCAAUAUGAACACACCAAUGGAUAGUUGUGGUUAUGGUUCUCACGUCAGUACUACAUUUGCAACUGCUGUUGAUGAUACCUACGGGCAAAUAAAUAGUUGCAGUGAACCAUUGUAUACGAAUAGUCAGAACGAUGAUAUAACUUUUUCUUACGAUAUGAGGGACAAUGCUUUACAUAGUCAGCAGAUGCCAUCUGUAGAAUCCGAUGAAAUAAUCUUGGCUGACUCGCGCAUGAUGUCUGAGAACAUCGGGAAUUACGGUAACAAUGAAGACAUUAUGUACGUGCAGCCACAUGAAAUUCAUCCUCUAUUGCCGUCAGGUGAUGUGAUGUCUAGUGAUACUAGAAAAAUUGACCUAAGUAGUUACGCAUAUAACGUUGGCUCUGACGUUGCUGAUCUGACGCCUGUUGUGAGUGAAGAGUAUGGCAACGUUAACUAUAAUGAAUAUGCAGCGGAUAUGCAACAAGCUGUUGAUGAUAUGCAAAAUCUUUCUAAUGCAGAGCAAAUCAAUGAAGAAAUACCUAUUGGUAUAAUGGACGGUAGUACACUAGCUUAUGUUGAAAAUGAUAUGACAACUACAUAUUACCACCCACAGCAACAAAAUAACAGAGAACAUACGCCACACCUACGACAACAGCAGAUGGAAGGUUUAAAUAACACGAGAUUGAUAAAUACUGCGUCACUUGCGAAAAAGGCUUCCUCAUCUCUCUUACCAGCGAUUUCGAAUUUUACUGCACAUGUAAAUAACCAAAGACCACCUACAAGCAGCGUAAGUAGCACCAAUAGUAAGACACAGUUAACAGUGAAGCCAAUUAAGCCUAGCGCCGGCAGUGGUGGUGGUAUGUUUGGUUCAUUUCUAGGAAAAGCAGCUGCAGCUGUACAGUCUGCAACACAAGUCGUCAAUCAGGCGACCACAUCCGUACAACAAAAGGCUGCAACAGUUAUACCGUCAGCAUCACUGCAAACAGCUGCAACAAUAGCAACAGAAUCGAUUGGCACAACUAAUCAGCAGCAAAAAUUGCUGUCACAACAAAGCAUAACAUCAUCAAGCUAUUAUCCUGUUACCACAAAAAUGGACGAGGAUUAUGACAAUAGAAAUUUGUACAACUACAAAAAUAAUGUAGAAACUGCAGAAGCAACAGCUAAAGCAAAUAACUCAAUGCCUGUUACAGAUUCUGCAGGACUACAACACACCAAUUACUAUUUGCAUGGUGAUCAAAGCCAACUCCAAAAGCAACAAAACUGUAAAUUGUUGCCGUCGGUGCCAACAGCUGGAUCCACAGGUAAAAAGCUGCCCACCAUCAACAGCAGUAAGACCGGCUUUUUAAUAAAGCAACAGCCAACGGAAAUCUACGACGACGAUCUAAUUAUUGAUCUUGUGAAUGAUACCAGUCAACAUCAUUUGAUCGGCCUUGCCGAUGAACGUAAUGACUUGCUCGACGACAGUGAAACCGUCGACGAACUAAAUGAUAAUAAUGUGAGUAAUAUAGAUGUUGAUGAUGAUGAUGAAUUAGAUCGGUAUUCCGUUGAUGAUCUCAUUGGUCGAGAGCUAAGCCAUAAACAGCAAAGCUUACGACAGAUUCAGCAAAUUUAUGACAUCGAUAGUGAGCAGGUUAAUUACUACACGGACCCCCAGCUGCAGGAAGCACCGUCGGAUUCACAACAAAAGUUGUCUCAACAUCUCCAAGGAGGCUUGACUGCCAAUGGUUAUUAUGAGCAUACGAAUGGUGGUUAUGAUUAUCGAGAGGAUUAUUUUAAUGAAGAAGAUGAAUAUAAAUAUCUUGAGAAAGAACAGGAAAUACUCUUUCAACAACAACAGCAAAACCUACAGAAUUCUACCGAUAUUUAUAUGGAAGAUAAUUAUCAAAGCGAAGACAGUGGCAAUUAUCUAGAUGAAAGUUCGAGCGGUAGUGUUAUUGGUGGAGCGGCAAACGCUUUAGUAAGUAAACAACAGUCAAUACAAAUCGCUGAAAAACCAAUCGGUGGAGAGCAUGAAGAAAUGUCGAACGACAUGAACACAAUACCUACCGUACCAACAACAGAUAACGCUUCUGGUAUGGCCAAUGGAAGCACAGCUGCUUUACCGUCGUCGUCCCAUCAACAUCAAAUUAAAAAACAGGAUAGCAUAAUUGUGGAAGAGGAUGAAGGAGACAUAUUGCUCAAUGAAAUCGGUGUCAACAAUGGUGUCCCAAGUAAGGAUCAACUGCCGCAUAGUUGUAGGUCAAGCUAUGAGUCCAUAAUUGAAAAUGAAAAUGACGUAAUAUGCGAAUUGCCGUCCAUGCCCACUACAGCACCCAAGAAAAAAAUGCUCGUACGCGGUGAAACCGAGGAAGUUGUCAGCGGGCACUUGCACUUGCACAUACUCCGCAAGUCAGAGGUUACAGCAAAGCAGCGUUGGCAUUGGGCCUACAAUAAAAUCAUAAUGCAAUUAAAUGGUCUUCGGCGCUUCCUUCUGGGUGUUACAAACCCUGUUCAGGGUAUAAUAACAACGCAGAGCUAAUGCUCGUAUGGAUAUUUGGUGUAUGGCUUAUACUGAUUGUUGCUCCUAAACCAGCCAGUUGCAUUCAUAACAAAUCAAAUGUGACGUCUAACAUAAAAAAAUAGCGGAAAAACUACAGUGUUGAUUAAAACAUCUAUUAUAAUUUGAGGUAUACAGAAGUAUUUUCGAAGCAUUGCACAAAGUAGUGCAAUAUAUAAAUGGAAACGAUGAAGUAUAUGCGCAAAAUUUCAAACUGAUCCUUCUUCAAAAAUAAUACAAUUGCUGAAUAUAAGGAAUGGUACAAUAGAACUGCAACCAAAUAAGCAUGUGCAAUGGAUCAUAACUGACUGAUUACUGAAGUCGAUGAAUAUUAUACCACGUGCAUCCCAAAAGACUGUUGUCAUAACCUAGUCAGCCGAAUUUUUCGUCUUUCCACGCUUGAGGACUGGUUCAUAAUGUGCACUCAACUAUGCUGACUGUCAAUUAGACUCCAGUGUGAAAUGUUUUUAUUGUCACACACCGAUGCGAAAAUUCGGUUUAUUACGAUUGAAGAGCACUCAAACACUCCUCAAAAUCAGCAAUUCGCUGUUUUUAUUGGAGUAUGAAUUUGCGCGCCACCCACAAUGCACAGAGUUUUUGCCUCUUCGAAUCUUUCCAACUUAGCAAAUUUCUUUACAAAGCUUGAUUUCCCUGGUGUAGAACAAAAAUUCAAUUUUUCCCAAAAAAGCAAUACUUUAUUAACACACAAAAUGUUUUUUGUAAACUAACACAAGCUGCUUCACCCAAAAUGCUAUAUCUCAUUAACUAAUCAGUUUCCAAAUCUAAUGUAUGUAAAUGUAAUGAAAUUUGACAAACAUGAUCCCUGUCAAAAAAGUGAAGCCGAGUUUGUAGAAGAGCUUAACAGGACUACUGCCACUCCCACUAAAUGCCAUAAGUCGAAAACUUAUAAACAUAUAUGUAUAACUAAGCAAGAAAUUAAGAUACAAAACUGUAAUUUGCACAGGAAGUUACAGUAGCAAAGUAUUGAAAAAUUUGCGCACGGCUUACGCGGUUAUAGCCGAGUUAACAACAGCGACAGUCGAUUAUUCUUUUCGUUAUUUGACGCAUCUUGCUCCACCUGAGUGGAGGUCUUCCUCUUCCUCAGCUUCCACCCUGCGGGUACUGAACAGAAAACGUUCAAAGCUGGAGUGGAGAUAAAGCGGCGCAGUUGUUGAGGUCUCAUAUUUUUUUAUGGAUUGAAGAAAUCAUAUAGGAAGUUUUCUUUGUUUGAAAACUAGCUUGGUAUCUAAAGGCUAUGAAACGUCCUUCCCAAUUCUGACAGAGCUUUUGGUGUUGCUCAUCGUCAGCAUACAAAGCCGUAUUAUUUUUGUGGGAAUACGAAGUUUAGACAUAGCGGUUGUGCUGUUUAAGGCGGCUUAAGAUCGACAAAAAGAUGGUGUGUGAAGAUCUUCCUUUCACGGGUAUUUUCCAAGAUUUGGCGCAUGGUGAAAAUCUAAUCGAAAGUAGAUUUUCCAGGUCUAAAGCUAAACUGAUAAGGUCUAAUCAGUUUGUUGACGGUGGCCUUCAGUAUUUUACACAUUACGCUCAGUAAGACCGUAUAUUCGAUACUAAGAAGGCUUAUCCCAUGGUAAUUGGCGCAGAUUGUAGGAUUUUUUUGUGGAUAGGGUAGAUCUCACUUUGGUUCCAAUCAUCGGGCAUACGUUCGUCCGACCAUAUCUGUCAAAGAAGCUUAUUCAUACACCUUGUCAGUUCUUUACCGCCGUAUUUGAAUAGCUCGGACGGUGUGUUACACUUUCACUGCCUUCAGCAGGGUCCUACAAGAGUAUGAUCCGGUCUUGAAACCUUCCGUUCAUCUCUCAUAUUUUCGUAGAAUUUUCGGCAUUACCUCUGUCGGUCGGCUUCUAAUUUCUUUAUACUCACCCAUACCACCGACCCACCCGAGGUAAGCUGUUUGCUUUCUCUCCACAGCGACUCGACAAUCAUCUUCGUACCAGCUGUUCUUUUGACCUUCCCAAAACGUAAUGGUAUCGAUUGCAGCUGUAAGUAAGGAGUUAGAAAUUAAGUACCGGACAUUCCAGGUUCAUGUCCUCAUAGUCCUUAAUACGGUUGCUAUGGUCGUUAUCAAAAGUGGGGUCUUUCAUCCGAGGCUUCAACAUUUGCUCACAUUUCCAGGAUGCGCGACGAGAAGCAUGACUAAACCCCAUUCCACCACCUUCAUUACGGUGAGAAAAUAAUAGAGAUAAGGCAAAAACCACGCCUACUUCUCAUAAAACACAAUUCUAAAUUCAAACUGUUUCUUUCAAGUUCAAGUAUACAAAUCAAUAUAUAAUCUACUUAUAUAUGUAUAUGUAUGUAUAUCUUGAUGGGAUUUGGGUGACACAAAGAGCCUUUAGGUCAGUGGUCGGCAUUUCUUAGCACAAUUGUGCAAACUAACUUCACACGUACGCUUACGCUCUAUCGUUCAGUCGUUGUCGAGCCAGCAACGAAUUAACAUCGUGCAAGACUAUAGCGCAAAACCAAAUAUGCCCUGCGAGAAAUAUUUUAUGAUAUUAAAUGCCUUUGGUGCCUUUUAUGUUCCAAGUCUUUAAAAGAUAAAAGGGAAUAUAUCCUUAAAAGACAUUUUGUUAAUUUUCAUUAUACUAUUAAUUAUUUAUAAAAUUUGCUUGAUUUUAAUUCCAAUUUCUCACUGGGCUACUUUUUUUUCGUGCUCACCAACGCAGUGACAGAUCCUCUCAUGCCGACCACUGCUUUAGGUAAUCAAAAGGGGUUUUCAAAAGGGACAGCAAACGACGCCAUAUAUUUUCCCGCUCUUUUGAUGUUUCUCUUCAGUAAGGUUUUAUGGAAAGAUAUACUUACGAUCCAAACGAGUCCAAAUUAUUAAAAUUUUUUACACAAAUUCGGACUUUAAGAUCGGGGUUUCAAUAAAAGAUUUUUUAAAUAUUUUGUAAAACAAAAACGAUUUGGAAUAUCAAUGAAAAUCUUUAUUAGUGUGCAAGUGCAUUCGUACGUACUCCAUUGCAUCCCGAAAAAAUUACGUUUGGUGCUGUUAAUGAGCCGGCAUCAUUGGGUCGUACUUCUUCCGUGAUGAUCAACACCGGCACCUGUGAAAGGGAAUCACUACCGCUCAAUGAUAACCGAAUAUUUUUGGCCCGAAGUGGAUGAUAUGAACUUGGAAAAUAUGUGCUUCCAACAGGACGGCGCCACAAUCCACACAGCGAAUAACACAAUCAAUUUAUUGAAAACCAAGUUUUGUGAACGUGUUAUCUGUGUUAUCUCACAAACCGCAUCGGUGAGCCGAAGCGGCCACGCAAAAGAAACCGAGUUCCAUACAUAA